UGCAACACACGACUUUGUUGAAGCUGGGAGCGACCAUGGCUUGACAUUGAUGUUCUUGCCGGAGGCGGAAUACUUGAAGCUAUAUUCACUAUGUCAUAUCCCCGCGGAGAUCCAACACCACGUCUGUCGUUUCAAUUAGGUAACCUACCAACUCCUCUCCUACGCAGAUCGCUUGGCCAAGUAAACUCCACGACUCAGAUGGAUCUAGAAGCUUUUGUUACUCGGCAGGGGCAAGAUCCGAAAGCCCGGCCGGUGGUCCGGAUUUAUCGGUUCCCGGGAGUCUUCAACUACUACAAUAUUAAUGACUUUUCUCCCUUUGCUCGAUGGUUCCACCACCUGCUCGCACAAAUCAAUCCGAAUAUCACAUAACCACCACCUACCUACCAAAUACUCUAUCGCCUUCAAAACACCCCUAAUAUCAAGAUGGCCCAGCCUCCCACCAAAGACAUCCUCGGAGCAGUGGGCCACACCCCCGUGAUCCGGCUCAACCACGUGGUUCCGCCCAACAGCGCCGAAAUCUACAUCAAACUAGAAUUCCUAAACCCAACAGGCUCAUACAAAGACCGCAUGGCAAAGUCCAUCAUCGAAGAGGCCGAACGUCGCGGAGAUCUCAAACCCGGGAUGACGAUUGUCGAAGCCACCGGUGGCAGCACGGGCUCAUCACUAGCAUUCAUCUGCGCCGCAAAGAAAUACCCCUUCACAGUUGUUUCCUCUAACGCAUUUGCUCUGGAGAAGCUCCGCACAAUGGAAGCGUUGGGUGCAACGCUAGACAUCGUUCCAAGUGCGGAGGGAAUCACACCGAGUUUGUUUCCAACGAUGCUAAAGCGCGCAAAGGAACUUGCACAGGGAGAUGAGUACUAUUUCGCCGAUCAGUUCAAUAACAGGGAUGCGUCGGUCGGGUAUGAGGGUAUUGGUCAGGAACUGCUCGAGCAGUUUCCAGGGGGAAUUGAUGCGUUUUGUGGUGCGGUGGGCGGAGCGGGGAUGGUGAUGGGAGUGUCGAAGGUGUUGAAGGCCAAGUGGCCGGGCACUCAUGUGGCGGUUCUUGAGCCGGCCUCUUCGCCGGCUAUUACGGAGGGUCGGUCGGGGAAACAUAGUGUCGAGGGGAUCGGGAUUGGGUUUGUUCCGCCGCAUUUGGAUCGGAGUCUGUAUGAUGAGGCGCGUGCGGUGCAGGAGGAGGAGGCGCGCAGUAUGUGUCGUCGGCUUGCGAGGGAGGAGGGCUUGUUGGUUGGGACGUCAACGGGGUUGAAUGUGGUUGCGGCGAUUGAUUUGGCGAAGCGGCUUGGUCCUGGCAAGACGGUGGUGACUGUUGCUGUUGAUACGGGGCUCAAGUAUAUAAAUGGUAACUUGUUUACUGAGUAAAUAUGUGUACGGAAGGGUCAGUGGAGCAUUAAAAGGACUUGGGUUCAUUCUGGAGUCGCUGGGAUGUCUAGCUGAGCAAUAAUUAAUCUCAUUAAAUUAUUCGUAUUUCG